GUUAUGGUAUAAGCUGAACUCUCGCAGCGCAACGUGUCAAUAACGAAUUCCGUUUCAGUGACAACUUACACAAAUUGUUUCAGAAAGGAAGCGGGAUUGCGAAGAAACAGUUAAAGGCACAUCUGAUCAACAUAUAGUGACAUGUCACGGUCUGUACUCAACCCCCCGCGAUACAGUUGCGUGACAAACUGGAAACUCCAGCAAUAAGCGGAUGCGCCAAUUGACAGGAUGUGUCUUUGCCGCGUUUCCAUACAUUCUACUGCUCCAUGCAGCGACAGUGUAGCUGAGCUGUGUAACGUCCGCGACACGGAGUGACUGGUCAAUGGCGAUGGACACAGUUCAUCCUAUAUAAGGACAGGUUGACCGGCCAGUUCAUACAUUCACAGCAAAAGUUUGCUUAUACUAUACAUUACGAUCUAAGUGGCGAACUCGCUCCAUUGGAGUAUACAAACUUUCAUCCGUACGUUUAUACAGGUUGACGCUAACACAGACCGCGGUUGUGAGGAGUAGUAGACACAGCCAUGCACUGUACUGACCAUACCCACCUGCCCUCCCUGGACUUGAGGAAAGGGGAGGGGGUUUUCAUAUGCCCCAUCCAGAAUUCCACUGUCCUCCUCGGGAGCCAUGAACUGAAGAUGUCCGGCAUGACCACCUUCUGGAAGUCGCCUUACAACGGGGUGGUGAAAAUCAACUCGCCCCUCACAUACAAGCACGCUAAAGCUUUGAACCUUAGCAGCAGGCGAUCAGACGAUCCGAAACAGCUCGGUCUUGUCAAGAGCAUUUUGAAGAACAGUCGGUCUCGAGAGAGUGAGUCGGAUACUUCGUCAACAGAUGAAACUAAGAAGCUUCGUGGAAUCCUCACGAAAAGAGGAGACAGCGCAGAUACUAAGAAGCGAACUGGCAAACGGGUCAAGUUUGAUGACAAGCUGGUCAAAUUACACGAAAUAGGCAGACGAUAUGCAGCGCAGACGACAGGUGAAAGUGCAAGCGGAGAUGACGUUGAUGAAAGGUCAACGCAGAUCGACCCACCCCGAGUUCUCAGAGAAAUCAACGGCAAUCGUCAGGUCGAUGAUGAUGCUGGCAUGUGCAGUCAUAAAGCUCAAAAUCCGUUCUUGAAAUCUGCCACAACACCGGAUCUCCGUGUAGGCGGUACGUCGUGUGGGUUUCCCCUGCAGAGUAAACAGCAACACCCAAACCGGUUGUUUUAUGAAAGAGACUUCAGAGGUUCGUCUGCCAGAUCUGAAAACAUCAAAGUUGUAGAAUAUGAAAGAAAUGCUCCUCGAGAAAGAGGACACCCACGUCUGUGUCGGGCAUACACCUCUCCUAUGUUAUAUUCUCAAAAAUGUCACCGAAAAUCUGCGCAGAAUCUUAUCAUAUACAGACAAGAGCUCAUCCCCGACGACAGACACUCCAACAGAAGCACCAAGAGCGCGGGAAGCAGCUCCAGACAACGAAUCAUCAUCCAAGCCCCCUCUAUAACCAGUGAUAGAUCUGACGUCAGCAAUGGCAGUCAUUUGAAUAGGACAAACUUUUGUAAUGAUGACAAAACAUGUCAGAUUGUCAGAUGGCUUAGAAAUGUGAAUGACACUCAGGCUAAAGAAGGAAGAUGUCCUGUUCUUCUGACAAUGAGUUCCCACGGACUACGAGACCCUUGAAACUCCGUGAUCUAGAAUCCUCCAUAAGAUGAAGAGUUUCCGAGGUGGUGUCAGUCCACGAAUGACAUCCGUAGGCCUCUGAGUUCACUUUGGCCUUGUUGAUGAGGUGUCUGAGUUCGAAUCCCACUACGCGUGAUACGGGAAGUUGCACAUGACUCGUUUAUGGUUCCUCGGCGUAACAUUCCUACUGUGACAGCGACCCAGGAUCAAACCAUGGACGCAAAGUGGUACAUUCACAUACAACGGUCAACAUUCGCAAAUACAUUUGCCUCUGUCUCGAGGACCAGGUACGUCAAGUAAUGACACUUACAAAGCAAUGUGUGAUCUGAUUCGAUGAAUAAUUUCAGUUUACAUCAUCAUUUCAUCAGACGAGAUACCAUCAGAAAACACAGUCAGCAAUGUGGUCUGUAAAGCGACGUAAGUGCUACGUAUGUUGUGCAUUGCACUAUCACAAAGGGAAUAAGCAUCGUUAUUCUUCAUGGACCAUAUGCUAAACUGACGGGCAAAAGAAAUUAUACACUUGACAAAGAAUGAUACAUUUUAUUUAAACAGUCACCGAAACCCUGAAAACUGAGGGCCAAAUACAUCCACAACCCGUAUCAAAUACAUCGCCAUCUUCAUUUCUUGUUUGAAAACACGGGUGUAUACUUUCUUUUGCUCGUCAGUUUAGUUUUUAUGACUUCACGAAUGAACUUCCAAGAUCAUUCCCAAGUGACUGUAGCAAAGAUCAUGUUUGUAUAUUGACAUAAAAACAAUCAAUAUUUUAGAUUCAGAAGCUGAUCACAGCAUCGCCUUCCUAUGUAAUAGAGACGUAUCAGUUCCAGUUGAUCUUAUGUUUUUAUUUCCUCAACGAACACAUUUGUCCCUCGGACAAACAUGACAAUGGUUAUAUUUAUUUCACUGAGGUACAGUGGUCUCAAGUUUAUGUACAAAAGAUCAAAGUUCUGUGUCGUAGUCACUCUUCGCAGUUUCUUCGGAAGCGUUGUAGGACCUCUGACGAAUGUCAAAAUGACAGAUAUACAAUACUUAACGUUGAAAGAACUUGACCUUUCUACUGCGUAUGUUAGAAUGUGUUUAGAAUGAAUUUAUACCAACCCAGGAAUUUUCCUAUGCAAAGUCUAAUCUUUUAAAUUUUAAAAUGAUUUUAUAUUUGAAUUGUAUCACUUUGUGCAGUGAAUCAACAGAGGAAUGUUAACACAACCUAAUUUCGCCUUAAUUUCUAUAACAUUCCAAAAUGAGCACUAUUAAAUAGUGUUACUGCGAACAUAUAUUGUCUAAUUUCGUUUCGACUUCAGUAGGGCAAUAUAUGUUUUGAAACAAAGUGAUCAAUUCAUAAUAAACGAAAUAUCUUGAUCAUGUAUACUGACUGAAAGAAAUAAGGGAACGUUCAACAAGCAUGUGAUGUGUAUUGCUAUGGAACUUUGUAUAAACCGGAACAAAUAUAUACAUGAAUACGUCACUCAGUGGCUUCUUGUGUUUAAUAACUCAUCGAGUGAGUUUGAUCUAAAGACGUUAUGAACAUUAUUUCUGUACUAUUGAGGCUGAUCUUGGAUGCUUAUCACUACAGUGAAACCCUCGAGGACGGCGAUUGUGCUGACUAAGCAUGAAUUUGUUUUUGAGAUUCAAACCCACGAUCCAAGGUCGAUAUAAAAAUUCAUUUUAAAUCGCAAAUAUGAAUUACUUUGAAGUAUAUAUGGUUCCUUACUUUGAAGUAUAUAUGGUUUCCUUCUUUGUUUUCAUCAUUAUAUGUGUAGCAAGAAAUAUUGAACAGUUUUCGAUGUCCAUAUAUUGAACGAGACUGGAUUUGAAAUUGUUUUUGAGUUUUAUAAAAAAAGGAAGAUCGUCAAAUGUGUAUUUCUACGCAACUACUGGAUUCACAACCAGUAGUAACCACACCGUCGAUGUAUCAGAAGUUCCUGAAUUGUUAUCUCUUGUGGGAGAAAUGUAAAAUAAGUAUUUUUGUAUGUUUCAUGUUUUGUACAGUUGGACUGGCUGGUUUCCAUCCUAAAUGUCAAUAAAUAUUAACAACAGUAAAAA